AUAAUAACUAACCAAUAAAGUUCACAAAACUCUUCAGAACACCAGUUGAAAGCGAAACAUCAGCUAAGAACCUCAGACUUUGGUGGAGCCUAAAAAUCCUGCUGUACAUGGAUGUGGUAUACUGCCCUCAAUGUGCUUCCCAAAAUUCAUCUUGAUUGCUGUUAGCAUGAUUCUAUACAUAAAUUGAUUAGGGUUUCUAGAGGGGAAAAAAAAUGAUAGGGUAAAUUGUAAUCUUUUAUAUUGUGAACUCUUAAAAAUAAACCACUAUCUUUUUUGCAAUAUAGGUGGAGGUUUCUUUUUUCUCCUAAAAAAUAGUAGAGCUUUUUUCAAAGUUAAUCAUGUUUGAUUAAAAUAAGAUUACUCCUUUGUCCUUUGGUAAUUUUCAUCUUAUUAGCGCUUCUUGAGCGUGACAACGAAAAGAAUUGUUCAUCGGCUGUAAAACAUUGUUUUGUCGGAGAGGGGGAGAAAAGAGAACCAAAAUUUGAAAAUCCACCAACAAAUUUAGCAAAUAACAAGCAUGUCAAGCCCUUCUCUUUCGCCGCGGCCACCACCAGUAGAAGAUUUGCAGCAGCAGCAGCAGGAACUGGAAGAGAGCUAUGAACCCGUAAUCAUGGAUCAAGAUCCCCAAACCCAAAUCCAUGAAAUUGAGAACCAACCCAAUCAGAGCAUGGCUGUGGAAAAAGCACAAGCUGAAGAGCAAGAAAAACCCGAAGCUUUAAAGGUACAAGAAUCGUUCCCUGAGUUGCACGUUGCCCUACCGAUCACAGACCCCCACGUCGCUGUUUCUGAGGGAACUGUGAAGACUCCAUCCCACAAUCCUCACAAUCGUAGGGGGGUCAACAAGCGGAAGAAGGGUAAGCCCAAUGUUAAGAAACAGCAAGCAAUUGACAAAAAGAUGCAAUCUUUGAUGGGAAAAUUGAAUCCCAUCCCUUUUAUACCCCUCAAGAUGCUUGAUUUUCCUAAGCAUGAGAAGCUUUUGAAGAAACUUGGUUUGUGGGAUUUUGUUCAUAUAGAAUUUGCUAGGGAUGUAAGGGUAGACUUGAUUGCACAGUUGGUUGCUACAUAUGAUCCGAAACUAAGGUGUAGUUAUGUUAAUGAGUUCCGUAUUGCUGUAAAUAGGGCUGACUUGGCACGUGCACUUAAGUUGCCCGUGAAGAAGGAAAAGGGGAAUAUGGGCGGUCUAGAACAUGUGGACUUGGAUUCUGAGCUCAUGUCCGAUGAGUCAGAAGGGUUUAUUGAGGAUUUUGUGUCGAAUUGGGUGCUUUUGCAUGAGGACUUGUGGAUAACACCAAUCGAGGUGGUGAAUUGGAUGAGGAUGAUAAAGGACGGGCACCCUGAGAAGGUGGAUUGGGCCACAUUGUUCUGGUUCAUGAUGGAGAAGGAGUUGACUCAAGGGGAGCACUUGAGGGAUUGCUACUAUGCAUCACAUUUUCAGUACUUAAUUAAGUCGCAGCGCGAAGAGGUGUUGUUGUUGAGGGAGGAAGAUACAGCAACUGAAAAAGUGAAGUUGGAUGCGGAUGUUGAAGCAAAGGAGGAGGAAGAGGAUAGGAUUAAUGAGGAGGAUGUGAAGGUUGGUGUUGUAGGUGAAGGGCAGGAAGUAGAGGGUAAUGUGAUGGACGGGCUGAGCAUUGAGCUAACACUUGGACAAGAUGUGGAGGUAGAAGAUGCCAAAGAUGCGGAGAUGAUAGGUGUGGACAAGUACAAGGAGGAUGAUGAGAUGGAGGAGGGAGAGGAGCAAGGACGGUGGGAUUUUGAUGGGAAGAACAACAUGGGUAGGCAUCUCAUGGAGCGGUGUAGUAUGGUAGAAGGUAGGGGGUUUGACAGCCUUGAGGAUAGGAAAGAGGACGAGAGAGAUAUGGAAGAGGAGGAGGGAGAGGAAGGGGAGGAUGAAGCUGGGCAUGGGCUUAAUCUUUUGUCAAAUGUUGAUGCUCUUGAAGAGAAUGGACUCACAGGUAAUUUACUUAAAACAAUGGAGGCAAACCUAAUGGGCUUUGGUUCACAGGGACGGCUUCAUGACCCGGAUACAGUAGAUCUUCGUGCUGACAUGCUGCAUAUGGAUUCUGCUGCACCAUUUCUUAAUAACACAGGAAAAAGUGAGAUUGUACAUGACAAUGAUAUCCCGAAUCAUUUGCUCAACGAUAGAAACAAGAGGUUGAAGAUUAAUGAUACAUGGGAUCACAAGCCAGUAGAUUUUGGAACAUGCAUUGAGCAAAUGCAACAUUUCAUGGAAAGAGCUAGGGUAAUGUAUGAGGAGAAGGAACAGGCUCAGGAGCAUUUAAGUAUGAACCAGCAGGUCUUGCUUAAUGAGUUACAGAAACGGGAUAACAUGAUAGAACACUUGCAUAAGACUAAAUUGGAAGAGGUACAGAAAAGAGACAGGGAACUUUAUCGUUAUGAGCAUGAGCUAUAUUUAAUGGGGGGUGUAUUGGAUGGUUAUAGGAAGACUUUAAAGGAAACCCAUAAGACAUUUGCAGAAUAUAGGCACAGGGCUCAGCUUCUGGAAGAAUCAUUCUAUAAGGAUGCUGAACCUGGUGGUCUUAUGUUGAGCACUGGGGAAAUAGAGAAGCUAUGUAAGACACAAGAAGAAGAAUAUCGGAUGAAUUGCUUAAUUUUAGAACAGAAGGCAAAGGAAGCAGAAGAGGGCUAUACUGGUCAAUUUGAAGAAUUUCUUGAGAAGAUUAAUAUGUUACACAAGAAAUUGACAAGUCUUGAGACAGAUGCUAAAGAGCUUAUCAAUUAUGCACAAAGGAAAAUUUCAGAAACCAAAGAAAAAGUUUCUGAAGUUUUGCAGCCUCUAUCAAAUGAAUGAUGUGUUGCUCUGGAAGCAUUUUCUCUGGCCUGGUAUACAGGUUGUUAAUAGCUCCAUCAUUUUUCAACUUGGGAUGAACUACUUUCUGGUGGAGACUUUGUAAGAUAAGAAAAUUGAACAAUUAUCAAGUAUUCUAGUAAUGCUUUAUGGUGGUAGAAAUUCGGGGUACUUACUUCCAAGGUGCAGGACUUCUUUAACUGAUCUAAACCAGUCCUUUUGUAAAUUACAUAGCAGAGCUCAAAACAGUAGCAAAAAAAUGUAGUAAUCAAAAUUUAGAUAUUAUAAAAGGAGGCUUCGAUUUGGAACUGUUAUUGGAGUUAUUCUUUCUGUUAGUGAUUGAUAUCUAGAAUUUGAAUAUUAUGAGCUUCUAAUGUUCCUUGUUAGGUUAUGCAUGCAGCACUGGAUUUUGAACUGU